UGAAAUACAUCCAUCACCUAACGCUAGCGCUUUUCCGCGUGGGCAGCUCAAAGGCGAAAAAGGAGCGCUUAGCUUAACGGAUUUGGCCUAAUUUUAUUGGCUGAGCCUGAAAAUACACGUUCUGAGAAUGGCGUCCAGUCGACUGGCUUGCAAAAUGGCCCUUGAUGGGUUCACCAUCUGCCGAGAAACAACUACAGUAUAAGUGGUGACGAUAUGUGACAAUUGGUAUGUUGUUCUGUUCCAUCAAAACUCGCCAUUGGUAUGUGACAAAGGUUUCAUUGCCCAUUCCGAGCCAAGAAUCAGAAGCACGAGAAACUCGAUGGAUUAAAGUCACUGAAGGACAUGAGCACACGUGGCCAGUGCGUUGAGGCAGUGUACUGCGUGGCAUGAUUGCACUCGUAAAAUCGUAUAUAAAAAACAACAGAAAUAUUAUAUGUGUAUAUAAUGGAUUAUCCCGGUCUCCGUUCAAGCGGGAGGUAUUUGCCAACUUUGGCCCAAGACGGUGAGCCAUUGGAGUUUGACGUGUGGGGCCAAAGUGAUGCAGAAAGUAUCCAGGAGAGCCAUGAAGAGAGGAUCCAGUUGGUCUCUCCAAGUCAGGACUGCCAGCCAUUGGAACCAAAUGGCAGAACUCUACCCAGCGGGGGAAACGUGGAAGAGCGAGCCAACCAACCUGGAGCUGCAGCUGAGGCUUUCCCACCUGCCUUGCCGAGGGCGACUUCCGGUGAAAACAUAGCAGGCGUCAACGAAUCUGCUGGGCACGCAGAUCGCGCAAACCAUGCGCACAGGAGCACCACUGCUGCUUUGAAACCCAAACCGGCCGCGAGGCCGCGAGGGAGCAAUGCUGCGGAGUUUAGCGCUGAAGACCAGCCACACGUCCUUCCCACAAGCCAGGGCAGCCAGGGCAACAGGCGAGAAGGCCUCCAGGGAGAAGCCGGCAGCGUUCAGGAUGCAGCUAAAGGUCCAGAUGGUCGCCAGCGGAAGAAACGGCGCAAGGCCUCUGCCAAGGGCCGCGAAGAUUUGCAGGUGGGCAGUUUGCCAUCGCAGCAAGCGCUCGCAAGCUCCAACCUGGAGGAGAGGAGGCAGCAUUUGAAAGAAAAAUUGCUUGAGCUAAAGACUCAGAUCUCCACUCAGGUGCCCAACAAGGAGAAAUCCUUGCUUGUGGGCCAGCCCCUCAUGCUGUCCACCUGGACUGCUGGCCAAGCGCAUUCCGCAGACCCGGGAAAGCAAUCAACAGAGCCCAUGGCUACAAAGUGCCGUUCUGAGGCUUGAUUUUCGACGACAGUUGCACACUUUGGCAACGUCUACAACGAUCCUCGACGUCAGUUACACACUCUGGCACCUUCUACCUUGAUUGUCGUCGACAGUGACACAAUUUGGCUUCACGUUUCACCGCGCGUUUGAGCACUCAACGUGCGCGAUUGCCGCAAAGGGUUCACCAAGGCCAAAGUACCACAGUUUAAUGCAUGAUUUCCACAAACGGUCCCCUCCGCUGCCUCAAUUUGAGGGUUCGAAGGAUGUCGAAGUUGUAGGGGAUUGGUGGGCGUUUUCACCUGUACGUCGGUGCCUGUAUCCAAACACCUGCUGUAUCUAUGCAGGUGUGCUAUAGAACAAGCACAUCACCUGCAUCUCUGUACCUGCAGCCUGCAGGAUGAUGAGCUGGUUGGUGGUGGUGGUGGUGGUGAUGAUGAUGUAGGUGUUGUGUCGCAGUUACAUCAACC